CCGUUCGGUUAGUCCCAAGAAAAGAACGGCAGUUCGCUGACGAGGUUUCAUCUUAGUACCGCGCGCUGGCAGUACUUUUAACUAACGAAAUGGUGCAUUUAUAAAGAAAUACCCUUUAACCACCUUAUUUUAGUGUUUUACCCGUUUGUGAUCGUUUAAUAAAUAUUGAGUGUAUCACUGAUUAAAUUCACAGGUGAAAGAAGAUACCUGUUGCACCAUCUUGGAUUUAAUACCUGUUUUACCACAAGUAGUACCACCAGUUCUUGUUUCAGUUGAAAGAUAUUAAGCGAUCAACAUGACCGUGUUGGGUAUGGCAUCCGCGGUGGCGGGCUUCAUCAAAGUCCGCUACCUAAUGGACAAGGCGAUGAUCGACAACGUGAUCUUCAGGGCCCAUUAUAGGGUCACCUCGGCCAUUUUGUUUUUGUGCUGUAUCAUCGUUACGGCCAACAAUCUCAUCGGUGAUCCAAUUCAGUGUAUCAACGAUAGAGGUGUGCCUGGACACGUGAUUAACACUUACUGUUGGAUCACGUACACCUUCACCCUGCCCCAUGAACAAAACAAAGUGGUGGGCCAAGAGGUGGCCCAUCCGGGCUUGGGCAAUGAUUAUCAGGAGAAGAGGUACCACAGCUACUACCAGUGGGUGCCUUUUGUCUUAUUUUUCCAAGGUGUACUGUUCUAUGUGCCCCACUGGUUCUGGAAAAACUGGGAACAAGGAAAAGUCCGAAUGAUCUCUGAAGGGCUGCGUGGUUUACUGAUCGGGGAAAAGGCGGAGAGGGAGCACAGACAGAACCGCUUGGUGCAGUAUUUGGUGGAGACCAUGCACCAGCACAACACUUACGCUUUUGGUUAUUUUAUUUGUGAGGCGUUGAAUUUUGUUAAUGUCAUCUGCAACAUGGUACUGACCGACAGGUUUUUGGGAGGCGCUUUUAUGAGUUAUGGUACCGAUGUGGUGAAGUUUUCCAAUAUGAACCAGGAGAAUAGGACUGAUCCUAUGGUGGCGGUGUUCCCCAGGGUUACCAAAUGUACUUUUCAUAAAUAUGGUCCGACCGGUUCGAUUCAGCGUCACGACGCCCUCUGCGUCUUGGCCCUGAACAUCCUAAACGAAAAAAUCUACAUUUUCCUUUGGUUCUGGUUUAUCAUUUUGGCGGUACUGUCGGGGGUGGCGAUCGUUUACUCGGCGGCGGUAGUUACCAUGCCCACCACCAGGGAAACGAUUUUGAGGAGGAGAUUUAGAUUUGGGGCGCCCAAUGCGGUCGAUACUAUCGUGAGGAAAACCCAGGUGGGCGAUUUCCUGCUGCUCCACCUGCUGGGCCAAAACCUGAACAUGGCGGUGUUCAACGAGAUCCUGGACGAGUUCGUGCGCCGACUGAACUUCGGCAGCAACAGUAAUUUACCUUCUGCCCCCAGCACCAUCGAGAUGACCCCCAUUUAUCCGGAAAUCGAGAAGUUCGGCAAAGAAACCGAGACAUAAUUGGGCACUUUUUAACUUUUUUUUUUUUUAAUCUAGGCUAAUUUUAUACAAUUUUAUACUUUUAGUGUUUCGUAGUUGAUUUUUAAGCGUAAAUGUGAUGCUAUUUAUAGAUCAUAUUAGGAGUAGUUUAAUUUAGUUGUUAAGUGAAUAUAUUAUAUCCGAAGAUGAUGAUGAUGAUACAUGGAGCAGCAGAGAAGUCCGCACAAUAGAAAAUAGCUCGGGCCGAAACCACCCUGUAUAUAAACAGUAGGCGGGGCUAUGAUAAGUUUAGGUUAAGUACAUUUAGGUAAUUUCAACGGUCGUAUCAGAUUUAUUGCAUUUAUUUUAUUUUAUCGUAUUUGCUUGAUGACGAAAUGAGAAUAUAGACAUAUCCUUAAUAGUUUAGCUUUUUUUUAGGCUUUUUGUAAAGUUAAGACUGCUUUUUUUUAUUAUAGACUAAAAUAGAUGGCGUGGAUCUUAUUGUUUUAAUAUUUUAAUAAUAGUGUUUUGUAGCCUUAUAAUUUUUAAUAAAUUUCUAUUGGUGUAAGGAUAA